CGCAUGACUGCGUUAUCAGCGUCGAAUGCGGGUACGUCACUGGGCCGAGGCAAAAGCACAGAUUUGCAGGCUAUGGCUGCUGGACUGCGCGAGUUGCCCGAGUACCGAGAAAUGCUGGGCAAAUUAUCACAGCAUUUGUUCUUGGCUGGUAAAGCCAUGGAUAUCUUCACUUCCACGGGUCUACUAGAGGCUUCCAACAUUGAACAAACUCUGGCCACGGGUGUUGAAGAGUCUGGGAAGAAGUUGAAGCACUCUGCGGUUGCAAAACAGCUCGAAGAUUUGUUUAAAGACCCGAAACUAACAGAGAACGAUCGAUUCCGAGUUGCAGUAGUAUUUGCACUGACUCAGGAUACGAUGAAGGAAGCAGAGCGCAAUAAGGUCAUGCAAGCCGCGAAGCUUUCCAAAAAGCAUGAGACCAUUCUCGAAAAUAUGGUAUUGGUAGCUGGAUCCGAGCUGUACAAACAGAAUGGCAACUCGCUAAUCUCGAGUGAGGAUUUGAAACUGGCCACGAAGAAGGCUGAGGUGGUGGAGUACUCGAACGCGCGUUAUGACCCCAAAAUCAAGGCAAUCGUGGCUAGUGCGUUGAAGCGUACUUUGAGUGAGUCCGAGUACCCAUAUAUUAUCACGCCGCCACCACAGAGUCCCACUGCCAGUGACUCGAAGAAGCCUGGACCGGUUUCUUUGCGAAAGAAAAUGGCUGGAAAAGGCAAAGCUCAGGAAGCCGCAGUGGAGAGUGAGCAGUUUUCGGGUGAGAAAAUGAUUGUCUUCAUGAGCGGUGGCGCGACCUAUUCAGAGCUUCGUAGCAUCUACGAGGUUCGUAGUGAAGAGAAGCGCGACGUAUUUCUUGGAACGACGUCGUUCGUGGCUCCUCCGGCGUUCAUCGAGUCUCUCGCAACACUCAAAGAUACUAACCCACCGCUACCAUCUCACCCCGUCAGUGGCCAAGGAGCCGAAGUGAUGCAUUUGACAAGCGGCGAAAUUCACCUUCAAGUUGAAGCGCAGCUGGCAAAGCCGGCGCCGGUGCAGUAAUUGGAUCGACAGUCCAUCGUCCAGCCACCAUUGCACUCAUAGCUGCAUCGACAUGAACUGAUACUUACAUGGACUAAGUUUCUACCAAAGUGAACGAUGGUUGCAGGACAAAUAUAUCGCAGGUUGCAUCGCCCACUAUCCUUCCCUGUCAUUGAGCAAAACUCCCUCUUAUUGUCCAAUC